UUAUUACUUUUCGAAUUCAGUUAAAUUAGAUCGCUCAGUGAAGCUGGUCGUUUCUGUUUUUAAAGUUAUACUUUAAAUAUAAUUAUAUUCUUUUACUUUAAUUUUAUCAUUCGAAUUUACAAAGAUGUACAUUAAGUACGAAAAUCUGGAGGACAAAUUCAUUAAACGAUUGGACGAUAUGUUCGGCGUGAAAGAUUGUCUAAUCGAAGUGAACCCUGGUAAAUGUAUACUUCCGCCAAAGUACAAGGAUUUAGGCGAGAGAAUUAGAAACAUGGAGGUCAGACCUGAUGAUAUAUGGCUGGUGUCGUAUCCUAGAACAGGAAGUACUUGGGCUCAAGAAAUGGUUUGGUGUAUUUGCAAUGACUUGGAUUUCGUAAAAGCUAAGAGCAUGCUUGGACAACAAAGGACACCAUUAUUGGAGUUGACGGCCAUCAUGGGCAACGACACGAGUAAAUUUAAAGAACAGAUCGGCAACUCGGUAGAACAAGUGGAAAACAUGGCUUCGCCCAGGUUCAUAAAAACGCAUUUGCCAGUUCCGUUGUUGCCUGAGCAGCUGAACGAGGUGAAACCGAAAAUCGUCUACGUGACGCGCAACCCAAAGGACAUGUGCGUGUCUUAUUACCACUACUGCAAGCUGGUGCACGGCUUGCAAGGUUCGUUCGACGACUUUUGCGACCUGUUCAUCCAAGGGAAAACGCCCAUCGGGCCCAUUUGGGAUCACAUCCUGGGCUUCUGGGAACAGCGGGACAAGCCGAACGUGUUGUUCCUGAAGUACGAGGACAUGAAAAAGGAUCUGAGAACGGCCAUCGGACAAGUGUCGCGUUUCCUCGGCAAGACAUUAACGGAGGAACAGGUGUCUGCGCUCGAGGACCACUUGAGCUUCAGCAGCAUGAAAAAGAAUCCUGCUCUCAACUUAGAACCAAUCUUGGCCAUGAUGGAGAAGCCCGCCUUAAAUGAUACGAAUCCCGACGAAACGUUCAUCAGAAAGGGAAAAGUCGGUGACUGGAAAAAUUACAUGUCCCAAGAGUUAUCGGAUAAAUUCGACAAGUUCACCGAAGAAAAUUUAAAAGGGACAACCCUUGUUUUUGAUACAAACUAACUAAUAUGAUUACGUUUCAUUGUUCAUAGUAUUAUCUUAAUUUAUAAGUGUCUCUACGGUAUAAUUAAAACUAAGUAUGUAUAGUUCUACGAUUUAAUUGGAUUCCGUAACAUUAUAUUUCUUAAAACUCA